AUGAAGAAGACCGCGUUUGCCACUCCAACAGGUCUGUACCAAUUCACCCGGAGGCCCUUCAGCCUCCACGGAGCCUCUUCCAUGUUUCAGCAGCUGAUGGACCGUGUCCUCCAACCCCAUCGAGACUAUGCGGCCACCUACUUGGACGAUGUGAUCAUCUACAGCCGCCACUGGGAGGAUCAUUUGGUAUGGGUAGCUGCAGUCCUGAGAUCCCUGCCGGUGGACGGCCCAAAUUUCAACCGGGACUUCGUCCUCCAAACGGACGCCUCAGAGAUAGGACUGGGCGCCGUCCUGUCCCAAGAGAUAGAUGGAGAAGACCAUCCGGUCUUAUAUAUUAGCCAGAACUACGCGGAGGUGAAGGAGGCCCUGGCGGUGAAAUGGGCUUGUGAUGCCCUACGUUACUACGUGCUUGGAGCCCCAUUCACCCUAGUCACUGACCACGCCCCGCUUCAGUGGAUGACUGCUGCAAUGCUGGGACUCCUCCCUGCGCUCCCCUGCCUGCUUCUCCUCUGCCUGCCGAGCUUCAGCUCUGGCUCCGAUGACGACGGCACUGUGGUGCUCACCACCAGUGGCCCCAUCCGGGGCAAGCGCCUCCAGGCUGGCUCCAGCACAGUGACGGCCUUCCUGGGCAUCCCCUACGCCGAGCCCCCCGUGGGGACCUUGCGCUUCCAGAAACCGCUUCCCCACCAGCCCUGGAGCCAAAUCCUGGAAACCACCAGCUUCGGCAAUGUCUGCCCCCAGCCUUCGCUUCCUACUUACCCUGAGGCCAAAUUAUUGACACCCACAAUGCCGCAGUCUGAGGAUUGCCUCUUCCUCAAUGUCUGGGUGCCCCAUCCCCGGCCCCCUGCACCAGCCCCCAUCCUCAUCUGGAUCCACGGCGGUGGGUUCUUCACCGGGGCAGCCUCCCUCGAGAUCUAUGAUGGGCGCUUUUUAGCAGCAACCGGGAAAAUUAUCGUGGCCUCCAUGAACUACCGGCUGGGGGCCCUGGGCUUCCUGUCUCUGCCCCCGGCCGCCCCGGGGAAUGCCGGCCUGUGGGACCAGCGCCUGGCGCUGCGCUGGCUGCGGGACAAUGCAGCCGCCUUUGGUGGGGAUCCAGCCCACGUGAUGCUUUCCGGCCAUGGCUCUGGGGCUGCGUCAGUCGGCUUCCAUCUCCUCUCCCCGGGGAGCCGGCCCCUCUUCACCCGCGCCGUGCUGCAGAGUGGAUCCCCCACAGCACCCUCGGGUUCGAGUUCACUUGAGGAGGCCAAGGAGAGAGGCCAGAGGCUGGGGCAGCUGCUGGGCUGCACCGAUAGCGAUGACACGGCCCUGGUGGGCUGCCUGCAGGGGAAGGAAGCAGGGGAGUUCCCCAAACACGAGUUCUCCGUCUUGCGCCACAGGGAGCUGCUGGGAAUGCCCUUUGUUCCAACAACAGAUGGGGAUUUCCUGCCUGAUUCACCAUCAAGACUCCUGCAGGCUAAGCAGAGCCAGCCUAUACCCAUCGCAGCUGGUUUCACUGCCAACGAAGGCUCCUACCUGCUACUCUUUGCUGCCCCCACCUUACAGCUGCAGAACGCCAGCAACGUCGGUAUGGAGGAGCUACUGCAGGUGUUGAAGCUGAUGGUGCCAGGGGCACCAGAAGAGGCCGUCCAGGCUGUGGCUCGGUGGUACAGCCAGGAGGGGGAGAAGCAGGGUGAGGCACAGUAUCGAUGGGCCAUGGAACAAAUUGUUGGUGACUACAUCGUUGUGUGCCCAGUAGCCGAGGUGGCUAGGCGAGAAACAGAGGCCGGCAAUCCCGUGUUUGCCUACAGCUUCAACCAGCGCCCCAGUGGAUUGUCUACAGCAGAAUGGACAGGGGUGCCACAUGGCUCUGAGCUCCCCUAUCAGUUUGGAACUCUGCGGUCCCUGACAGGAGCCAACUCCACGCACACAGAGGCUGAGGAAGUGCUGAGCCGCACGAUGAUGCAAUGGACUGCAGAGUUCGCCAGGGCCGGGAUGCGCACAGAGGAUGAGGGCAGGGACAGAAAGCGGACCCAGUAUGACCCCACAAAACAAAACUUCGUACACAUCAAAAUAAACUCGGCCCAGAUUGAGGAGACACCCCUCACGGAACGCUGCAGCCUCCUAGCAUCGCUGCUCGCAAAGAAGCCAAGCCCCACAG